UCAUGCUACUCUCUGUGAACUCUCGUACACUCUCUCUCUCUCUAAUGAGCCGGAACGCGCGCAGCUCUUUAUGAUGUCUAGUCACGUGACUGUGACGCAGCCGGUAACGCGCUCGGCCAAUCAGACACACAAGUGCGGUGGGUGAAUUAUGUGAACAAAGGGUCACCACACAGGUCCCCCCAGAAUUCACCCACACAGGACGCCAGGCGCAACCCGAAUCAACAGUACGGAACGGAAGGGUUGCGCGGCUGGGACGUCAGUGGAAGACGACCGAACGGACAGUCAGGCGGCCGACCAGUAUGCCAGACGCGAGACGCCCAAGCAGAACAGUCAGGAGGACGCCCAGGAUGCCAGGCGGCGGGCGACGGAACGCGACGAUCAGGCGGCCGUCCAGAACGCCAGAUGCGGGACGUCCGAGCAGAACGGUCUGGAGGACGCCCAUGACGAGGAGCGCGCCGUGCAGCACCCCCCAGGCGAGGCCGGAGAAGCGGACGUCGAGAGAGGCGGCACGCGUUGCUCAGCAGCGGUCGAGACGAGCGAUGAGCAGCACCACCCGGUCGAGGCUGCAGACGAGGGCGACGGGCGCGGCGGCCGGAGUUGACUGGUCGAGGCCGGAGACGAGGGCGACCGGCGUGGCGGUCGGAGUCGCCCGGCCGUGGACAAGGGCGACAGGCGAGACGAACCAUGUCGACCGGUCGUAGCAGGAGCAGUGGAAACGCCGAAACCAGAGACGAAGCGACGCCAUCGCUGUCCACAAGCGGAGGACGAGGAGAGACGUCGGCGGCGGCGUUCGCAGGCGCUGGCCGAGGUGCAACCACGGAGACUUCCGGAGGCGCUGGCACAGCAGCGAGGUCAGCGGCAGAGGCCAGCGGUGCUGGCAGAGGACUGACCUCGGAGACUCCCGGAGGCGCAGGAGCGAGGACAGUGGCGGCGGCGUCCAGCGGCGCCGGAAGAGUGGCGACCUCGGAGACUUCCAGAGGCGCAGGUGCUGGAGCGACGUCAGCAGCGGCCAGAGACGCAGGCACAGGAAUGACGUCGUGAGGAAGGCCAAGAGCAGAUGCCUGGUGCUGGUCCAUGGGUGUGAGUCGACUGGAUGUAUUUUACAGAAGGCUGCUCCUCAGCAAACUCUUCAUUGGGGGUUGGGGAAAGCCUGAAGAUCUCAAGAGAAUCUUUGAGUUCCGUAAGAUCAUUGCAGACCGGGAGAGGUGCAAGUCUCUGGUGCCCAAGGAUUAUCCAGUGUCUAUAAACAAGACAGAGGUGCACACAGAUUGUUACAUCCAUGACGGAGUCUUCAUUUCACCUCUGGAGCACUUCGUCCCAGGUAUCCUGCCAACAGAGGCUGUGAAAGCAAGGUUCCAGUUUAUAGUUCCUAAAAAGUGGCAAAGCAAUAGACCAGUAUGUAUUCACCUGGCUGGGACUGGAGACCAUUUUUUCUGGCGCCGAAGGACCUUGAUGGCGAGGCCGAUGGUCAAAGAAGCAGGAAUGGCUUCUCUGCUUUUGGAAAACCCCUAUUAUGGCUAUCGUAAACCUAAAGACCAGUUGAGGUCCUGUCUAAAAAAUGUUUCAGACCUGUUUGUGAUGGGUGGAGCUCUGAUCUUGGAGUCCUCUGUGCUUCUCCAUUGGCUGGAGAGUGAGGGGUACUCACCUGUUGGAAUGACCGGUAUCUCCAUGGGAGGAUAUAUGUCGUCCUUAGCAGUGACUAAUUGGCCGAAGCCCAUUCCCCUGAUUCCUUGCCUGUCAUGGUCCACUGCCUCAAGUGUCUUCACCACGGGCGUGCUGAGUAAAGCAGUGAAUUGGUCGGAGUUGGAGAAGCAAUAUGCCAUCAAUUCAGUGUAUGAAGAAGAGAUCAUUAAGCUGUUGGAGUAUUGUGGGACUGACUCCUUCAAGAUGGCUCAAGAGUUCGUAAAACACUCAUCGGGUAGAGUGAAUUCUUUGGAGCAGCUGCUAGACCAGCCAAGAGAACUAUCAGUGGGCUACUACUCCAGGGCAGGAGCAAAGGCAGAAAUUAGGCCUGGUCUGUGGAUUGGAGAAGAUGUAGCUGGAGACAAACUUGACAAAUUAUUAGAAGAUGACAACACCAAGACAAGUUUAGAGCCUUUACCAAGUGGCUUCCAAGGAAGGAAAUCACUGAUUGGGAAGAAGGCAAAUUCAGAUCAAAUUUGUCGUCCAUCAUUACACAGCGAGUCCAUAAGUUUCAUGAAGGGAGUGAUGGACGAGUGUACACACAUGGCCAAUUUUUCUGUCCCCGUUGACACCAGUCUUAUCAUCGUGGUGCAGGCCAAAGAGGACGCCUAUAUCCCUCGCACAGGGGUUCUUAGCCUGCAGGAGAUCUGGCCUGGAUGUGAAGUUCGAUAUUUGAAUGGAGGACACAUCAGUGCUUAUCUGUUUAAACAGAACGUCUUCAGACAGGCCAUCUAUGAUGCAUUCAACAGAUUCUGCCUGAAGUAUCCCCACCUUCUGUAGCGAGGACACUAUUGGUACCCGGAACUUGCACUGUGCGUGUGUGUGUAUUAUGUACGGUAUCAUGUACAGUACAAACGUGAGUUCGUCCACCUGCAAUUUAUCUCUCAGCCUCUGAAUGCAAAUAAGAGAGUGCAGCUUUUAUAGAAUUUUUUGAUUUUGUUUGGUGAUUACUGAUGUGACGUACCUAAAACACAUAUUUCACACCAAUUUGCCUACAUAUCUAUUUUAACAUUUUAGUGUGAAUACAUCAAAUAAAAACCGAGGUUUAUUUGGGAGUUCCAGGUAACAUGUACAUAGAGGUGUUUUCCUUAAAAGCAGGUGCCAAGUUAAAUACAUAGAAGUUAGGAAAUAAGAAUAAGAGGUAGCUGAUUUAAAACCAAAAACAUUCAUAACAAAGAAAAAGUGCAAAAGUCCAGCAAAAUCCAAGUUCAGGGCUCUUACAGCUAUGAGGAUAAAACUUUUCAGGAGUCUGCUUGUCGUGCAGCGGAUGCUUCUCAACUUCUGCAGAAGGGAGAAUAGCCUGUGGCAGGUGUGAGUAUAGGGUCCUUAAUGGAGGAGCUGUUGGACCUUCUUGGAUAUGGCAGCUAUGUUGGUGGAAAAAGAUAGACCCUCUGUUGGAUGUAUGCUGAAGAAUUUAAUGUUGGGAGUCUCUUUCCACCCCAGGCGUAACAGAUUUCCUGAAGUCCAUCAGUAGCCAAUAGCGUACCGCAAGUAACUCGUCACCUUUGCUCAUUAAUAUUCAUGAUGUUAGCAACUGUUGCUUGGGGGGGUCAAACUCGAGUUUGUCCCUCAUUUUAGAUUCAUGUAAAUAGCGUACAAACAAGAUGUUUACUGAGCUAAACCUACCAAUUCUGUCCUAAAAUGAUGUCGCUGGUGCCAAAAUCGCUGGUAAAGAUGUGGAAGAACAUACAAACGUUCAAUUAAAGAGAUGGCUUGAGUGUCGAGUGCUGAAAAAGAGUCGACGUGAUCCAGCGUUAGCUUUUUUAUCGACACCUUUUUCUUGUGUCCAUUGCUUUACGACACUGACGAUGACAUUCUCCUGUUUCAACAAGCUAUCUUUUACCACCAUAAGCCCCAACUUUCUUAUAUAUUAUAUCCUCUGGUUGUGUUACGUCUGACCGUUGUUGGGGGUAAUUUAUAUUGCUAUUUUUGUGUAGCGAUCGCAAAUGCUACUCAGUGACAGUGAACGAACACUUUUAUUUUUUUCAAUAAUAACAAAUCUUAAUUCUGUUAAUUUACACUUCUGCCUUACUAAGGUUUUCUUUUUCAACAGAAAAAGUAAAGCUGGUAAAUCUAGAGCUUACCUGUAGACAUGAACAGGCUUACUACAAAAAGACCAAGGCCAAACAUGGCGAAUUUAUUUAAAUAUCCAUAUUUUAGAAAAAUCGUCCUAGAUGACUGUUGUGAUACCCUAUAUGAAUUAAAAAAAAAUGUUCAGGUCAUUUAUUGUCAGACAGAAGCAGAAUGGCAAAAUGCCAAGCCAAAAAAUAAGUAAAAAUAUCAAAAUGGCUUACCUCUUCGGGGGAGGCAAUGGAUCAGAGUCCGACCUGUAUCAGAGUUAUCAUAACAUUAAACUGUGUGAACUUGCUAACCUGCAAAAUUCGAGUAGGAGUUGCUCAGAUAGGUGUCCUCCUCUAUGUGUUUUCUACUGUUAAAGGUUAAUUUAACUGUAAGAAAUGCAGUGAACUCUGCUGUAAAAUAUAGAACCAGCAAAACGUGAGCAAGAAGCUGCUUAGAGAGAGAGGUCGCAAUCUGUGUUACACAGGAAAAUGUUGACAGUCAAAAAAAAAAAAACUACUUUUCUUCUUGGAAACGGCCUACUUUAGAAUGAAAGAAGGCUAGAUUAUGUUUUGACUUUACACUUUUGAAACCAAAUACCGUCAAAUAUUCGAGCAUUUAUUUAUUAAUUAUUGUAUUGUAUUGAUUUAUUUUCUACACUAUUUAUUUCAAAUAUUUUAAUUUGCAGCUGAUGCAGACAUUUUUUCAGAUAAUCAUACAUUAAUCAUAAUCAAGGUAAACAUUUUAAUCCCGAUUUUUAUUUUUUCCAUAAUUGCUCAACCCACUAAUGCAUUUUAGAGAUGAAAAUAAGGGAAAAGAAGAUAAAAGAGACCGCCAAAUAAAGCUGUUAUUCUUGUGGUGAAGGACAAUGUAGGCUAACAUGUAGUUCCAUGUUAAGUAAAUCCAGGCAUUUAUUCUGGAAGUUUACAAAAUGUUUCUUUAGUAGUUUUUGAAAACAAAGGUUUGAAUCGAACGGUGUAUGACCUGAAACAAUACACAUGAAAGUAUUAGUCAAAACAGAUUUAUUUUGCAUUGAUCAUUUAGCCUAUCAAUUAAUCAGGUUCAUAUUUGUGAGAAAUGUAGCCCUGACCCCCAUUCACCCAAUCUGUUUGGUUUUAUUAAUGUCCCGCCCCCAGAAAAAAAAUGUACAUGCAGGUUACGCUGUUAUAUCGUCCCUACCAAUGUUGAGACCAAAUCUACACCCUUGCUUUGAUGUUUUUGUACACUAAGUCCAAUACAUGUUAAAGUUACUGUAUCAUAUUGUAAUUACGUCCAUUUACAAUGAGUGUUUUCCCCAGUGGUCCAUAUAUGCGCUCCUGUUUAAACAUUGCAUCCUGCAAGGUGUACUUGGAAUCUUGGAAUCAAUCUGCUCAGAAAUGAUGUACAUUUUAUAAACAAAAGAAGCCUACGAAUGCUGUUCCUUCCAAGUUAGACUACAUUAUAGAAUUUCCUCAAAUGUACAGUAUGGCUUUUGAUUUGUUUUCAAGGACUGAUACCAGUUAGUAUUGUAGGUGCCCUGAAAUGUCCUUAUUUCAUCUUUUUUUUCCUAAGAUAUUUACACUAACAUUUAUUUGAUUCGGGUUUUUAAAGUAGGUAUUAAACCAUCAGUUAAAGUAGUACAAACACAGACGAAAAAAGUCUGAAUAAAUGUCGGUUGUCUUUGAGUGAACAAAAUUAAAUGAUUUUUACUAAUUUUCUCAAUUAAAAUGAAAUUAUUUUCUAUUUUUUAAGAAAUAUAACAAUUGCUAAAACAUAACCUGCUUUACUGCAUUUGUGAGCAUAUGGUUUUUGGUACCAAGUAAAAUGCAAUGCUACCUCGGGUCUGUCGUUAAUUCUAGUCAUCACAGAAUAAUUGGGGAAACUACAGUUGUUGGGUACCGCUUUGCUUAAAGACAAGCAUCUUGAUUAAUUUUAUACAUUGUAUGUACAGUGGGGCAAAUAAGUAUUUAGUCAACCACUAACUGUGCAAGUUCUCCCACUUGAAAAUAUUAGAGAGGCCUGUAAUUGUCAACAUGGUUGAACCUCAACCAUGAGAGACAGA